AUGUCCGACCUCAUAUAUACUAUAGACUCCGAUGAGGAAGUUGCAUUGUCUGCCUCCGACACAGAAGAAACCAACCCAGACUUCCAUUUCCAAAUAGACUCUGGCACAACUAACACAGUGGAAGAAUUUGAUUUCCAAGACAAAAAACUCGCAGAAGUCGAUCUUGAUGCAAUCAUCCAGAAAAAGGGAAUACAACUACCAGAAGACGAGCAAGCAGUAGAUGAAUCUGACGAAAGCGAUCAAGAAGUUGAUAUCCCAGAAACAAAAGAGGCGGUACAACCAGAGGACACACCCGAAGAGAUUGCCAACUUCUACGAACAGUCUACCCACCAAUCCCACACCUCCUUCCAGACCCUCCAAUUAUCCCGUCCGGUCCUUAAAGGCAUUGCCGAACUCAAGUUCACUAAACCAACCCCUAUCCAAUCUGCCAGUAUCCCCAUCGCAUUGCUUGGAAAAGACAUUGUUGCCGGUGCCCAAACCGGGUCAGGUAAAACCGGCGCAUACAUGAUCCCCAUCAUCGAAAGAUUACUCUACAAACCAUCAACCUCCACCAAAGUCAUCAUCUUAACACCUACCAGAGAGUUGGCACUACAAGUCUACGAGUUUGGCAAAAAAUUGUCGCACCACGUCAACAACCUUAACAUUGGUCUUGCAGUCGGGGGGUUAAACUUACGUCAACAAGAAGAACAAUUGAAAACCCGUCCUGACAUUGUCAUUGCAACUCCAGGGAGACUUAUCGACCAUAUCCGCAACAGCCCUUCCUUCAGCGUACAAGAUAUCCAGGUGUUGGUCAUUGACGAGGCCGAUAGAAUGUUGGAAGAAGGGUUCCAGGAAGAACUUACCGAAAUCUUAUCCCUCAUCCCCAAACACAAACGCCAGACCCUAUUGUUUUCCGCUACCAUGAAUACCAGAAUCCAGGACUUGAUCCAGUUGUCAUUACAAAAACCCGUGCGUAUCAUGAUCGACCCACCAAAGCAAGUAGCCUCGAAAUUAUUGCAGCAGUUUGUUCGUAUCAGAAAAAGAGACCACUUAAAACCAGCGUUGCUAUACCAGCUAUUAAAAGGAGUAUCAACCAGAGUUGUCGUUUUUGUGGCUAGGAAAGAGACCGCACACAAAUUACGUAUUGUGCUUGGCCUUUUGGGUCUAAAAGUUUCUGAAUUGCAUGGUGCAUUAUCCCAAGAACAAAGACUACAAAAUGUUAAAAACUUCAAGUCAUUGGACGUCCCCGUCUUGAUAUGUACCGAUUUGGCCGCAAGAGGGUUGGAUAUCCCCAAAAUCGAAUUGGUCAUCAACUACGACAUGCCAAAAACGUUUGAAAUCUAUUUGCACAGAGUGGGUAGAACCGCCAGAGCUGGAAGAGACGGGACCUCCAUUACAUUUGUAGGUGAAUCAAGCCAAGAAAGAGCUAUCGUCAAGGCAGCCAUAGUCAACGGCAAAGGGGUCGCCAAAACCGUCGACUGGAACCAAGCCGAACAAACCAGCAAAAUCAUAUCCUCCAAGGAAUCGGUCAUUGACGAAGUUUUGCAGGAAGAAAAAGAGGCAAAAGAAUUACUUCGUGCCGAGAUGGAACUCACCAAGGCCUCCAACCUUAUCAAGCACGAACAGGAAAUCCACUCCCGUCCAAAAAGAACUUGGUUCAAAGGCGAGGUCAUGGAACACCUCACCAAGCACGGCAAAAAAGUAAAUGCAAAAAAGAGAAAGGCUAACGAAGAAGGCAGAUCGUACAAGAAAACCAAAACCGAUAGAAUGAAAAUCUCAAACAAGAAGAAAAGUAAAUAG